UUCCCGAGUUCCCUCUUCUGCUUCAUUAUCACAAUGAUUCACUAUGCCUGACUGAUUUGGUCUGUUAAUUUGGAAGCUUUGGUACCUUCUCUAAAAUGACUUAUACGGAGUAGAGAUUAGGCUAUCUAGAAAAACUAGGUAUACAUUUCUAACUUGUUUAGUACGUCAAAAUCUUUCUGGAGACCAAGUCUAUCUUUACACAUCCAUAUUUUAACUCUACAUCUAAUCCAUGAACCUAUUAGCAAGGUACAUGUAAUUGUCUUGUGGGUCUGGAUUUCACUCAAAUUUUCCACCCCAUGAUUGAUGGAGAAACUCUUUGGCCAUUUUGUGUUUGUUGCACAUUGAUUUUUUCUGUCUUUUCAGCCUGUAUAGUUUCUCAAGAGAUUAGCAGACAUCCACAAGUCAUUCAAAUUAAAACCUUUCAUUAUUCCAAGUCAAGGUCUCCUCUGUGAGGUAGGCCUUUUGAUAUUAAACGUACAAGUAGAAAAACCAACCAUACAUGAUAGAGGAACUACAUGCUAUUCUAGGAUAUUAUAACUGGGGAGGAGUUGUUUUUAUUGUUGAACUCUAAGAAACUUUGCGAGUAAUGUACGUUCGUCGUUUGGCUGGGCUUUGUAAGGUUAUUUUCUUGGCUUGUCCCUCCCAUUUUUGCUUGACCUGCUUGGCUGCUUGACUUCCAAUUUCCAAAACUCCCUCAUUUUUUCUGAGCCAAGUGUUACAGAAAAAAGUUGGAUAGGAUUAAUUUUCCACAUAAAUUUCAAUAAUAUUAGAGAGGAUAAGAUUAUAAAUAAUUAUGUACAUACGACGGGUGAUAAACUCAUAAUACAUAUGUUUCUAAAUAGUUGCACUAUUUUGACUUUUGACACUAAAAAUUAACUUAUCUUACAUUGACCAUCAUCUUCUACUACUAAAUAAAAACAAAUAUUAUUUUGUAAAAUGUUAUUAGGUUGGUUAAUAUUUGACUUUCCCCAAAUAUUAACUCGGUUUGUUAAUAAUAAAAUGCAAAGAGAAAUAAUAAUAAUAAAUAACUGUAUAUUACUGUUCUCUUUGCCUUAAAAAUCUUGGGCACCACGUUGAAUAUUCAAAUUAACAAGGGUUGAAGAAGACAAUGCAUGCAACUUGAUGAUGGGGACUUGACCGUGAUUUAUGUAUAUAGAAAGUAGAAUAAACAUUUUAUUGAAGAAUAAAUACAAUCAGAAGAAGACUCUAUUUUUCUACCUGUGGGCCUGUGGCCGUGCUUCAUACGGAGAAACUCUUUGGCUAAAAUGGUCAUGAGUUGAUAACCUUCAAUAUGCUUGGACAACAAUUAAGCAUCUAUUAGACUUGUCAAAAGAUCUCACAAAAGUGACAUUAUAUUGACUUGGAAAGAAACCUUUGCUCAUUUUCUCCUAUGUAGUCUGUCGACUUAAUUAGAGCUUGUUUAUUGAUGCUCUUGUAAGUUGUAAAUGCAGAUUUAUUUUUUCAGUUUCAUGAGAAGUACAAAAUGCUGGUUUGUUGAGUAUAUAGGAAAAUAAGUAUUUCAUGAGAACUUCUCAUGAAAUAUAGUUAUUCUGUACCAUGAGUUUACUAUGUUACUCUGUACUUAGUUUAUGUAUGUGAGCUGACACAUAUUGAAGAAAUAUAGGAUAAAUGACCAACUUAUAAGACCAGUAGCCUUCCUUUAUAUAGAGAUUAUAUAUAGAAUUUAUAGCAUUGGGUAUACGUUUAUGAGCGGUUAGACAACUGUUUGUACGGAAUUUACGUUUAUAAACGUUGCAUCUAUUUCAGAACAAUAAAAUAUAUUUGUGGGUAGCCAACCGUUGGUACAAAAAUUAUGUAAUCAGCUGCUAAGUAUCAAGAUAUUGUAGUUCUUUUGAGGAGGUAGCUGAAGAAAAAAAAAACGUGGAAAAAGUAAAAUAAAUAAAUUGUAUAUUAAAAAAAGUUGGAGCUACAAGUUAUUGUAGUUUAACUACCAAUUGCGAAUCAUUGUAGUUUAAAACCAUUGUAACAAAAAAUUGAUGUGACAAAUUUAGCUACACCACCUUGUAAGUUGUAACUAAUCAUUGGAGUUGCUCUAACAUACUACCAUUAGGAAACUAUCCUAAUAUCAAACACUUGCCAAAAUAUAAUCUUAACAAAAUAAUCCUAAACAAUAUGAUGGAGGGCCAACUUACAAGAGCUACCACGAAAAGAUAUUUAUUAGGCAUAUUAAAAAUAAAAACAUGUUCUUUCUCCCCCCACCCUACACGGUGAGAGUGAAAGGUUGUCUAUAAAGUCUGACUAGGAGCUGUAUAAUUUUUCUUCACAAAAAAAUAAUCUAGCAAAAAAAAAAUGGGUAAAUUGCAAAUCUAUUAUUUGCUUACUAUUAUUCUCUUUUUUGUUUUUUUUAUUGAUAAUAUGAAGUUGUGUGGUUGUGGCAUGUACUCCAACAGCAGUCAUUUGCUGAAGUUGGGGUGUAAGCCUGCUGAAAGGAAGGCACUGCUCGACUUCAAGAGCAGUGUUACCUUCUAUGACCAAUUUGUUUCAUCUUCUUGGGAAGGCGAGGAUUGCUGCAGCUGGCGUAGGGUUAAGUGUAAUCCUACUACUGGCCACGUUGUCGAACUCCGUCUCCAUGGAAAUUACUCAAUGAAUAUUUACACAAGUCUCUACAUAUACUUGUUUGAAGCUAGAAACAUAGAGUCAUCUUUGGUAUAUUUGUUGGAGUUGAAUCAUCUUGAGCAUCUCGAUGUAAGCAUCAACAACUUCAGUUAUAGCAAGAUACCGAAAUUCAUGGGUUCAAUGAAGCAACUCAGGCUGUCAGGGACAAUUCCACGUUGUUUGGGUGAAUCUUCGGACCUUCAAUUUGUUGAUCUCGCCUUCAACAAUCUGUCAGGGGAUAUCCCUUGCUUCAGAGUCGCACAUGUUGGGUGGAGUUUUUCAUCUCUGGAUUUUGUUAGUUUAAGUGACAAUAUGUUGAGUGGACGAAUUCCUUCUUGCUUAGCUAACCUCUCAAAUCUUGAAGUUUUGGAUGUUGGUGAAAAUAACCUCUCAGGUGAGAUACCAACAUUCAUUACUAGAGUAAAUGUUCCAGGCUUGCAAAUACUUCGGCUGAGAAAUAAUAAACUCGAAGGUAGUAUCCCUGAGCAGUUGUGCUCAUUGUCUAAGCUUCAAAUCUUGGACCUUGGCCACAAUUAUUUAACUGGAAUCAUCCCUUCCUGCCUCAGCAACCUUACAGAGAUGAAUUUGCGUCAUCCAUCUGUAUUUGGCUUUAAUAGGAUGGCCGACGUCAAUGAGAUUAUCAAAGGAACUGAUCGUGAAUAUACAAAGACCAUAGGGUUCAUGGUGAACAUCGACCUUUCAUGCAACAAACUAAUUGGUAGCAUUCCUGAAAAAAUCACAAAUCUACCUUCGUUGGUUGGUCUGAAUUUAUCUUACAAUCAAUUGUCAGGACACAUCCCUGGUAGCAUAGGUGGUUUAAAAUCCUUGGAAUCUCUUGAUUUAUCAAGGAACAAACUCCAUGGCACAAUCCCAACAAGCUUGGGUGCAAUUUCUCCCUUGGAAUUCCUUGACUUGUCCUACAACAAUCUUUCUGGUCAAAUCCCAACCGGAAACCAGUUGCAAACCCUCAAUGACCCUUUGAGUUACGCAGGCAAUCCAUAUCUCUGCGGAGACCCACUUUCCAAGAAAUGCAAAAGCAACCACGACUCAACCAAUGGUUCGUCAGGGGCUCAAAACAACGAAGAUGAAGAAAGUGAGGACAAGCAUGAGACAAUGUGGUUCUACCUGGUUGUGAUGUCAGGAUUUGCUACCGGGUUUUGGUGUGUUGUUGGGACUCUGUUCUUGAACAAGAGUUGGAGGCAUGCUUUUUUUAGGCGUGUUGAAUUUGUCCAGGAUUGGUUGUAUGUGGCCGUUGUUGUUCGAGUUCCUAAGCUUAUGAGACGCUUCAUAUGAUAAUAUAUCCCGGGGUGUAUGUGGGCGUUGUUGUAUGUGUAAUUGUGUAAAAAUGGUUAAAUUCAGUAAAGUAUUUUUCCAACUUGGUUUUGUUUUCGUGAUGUGUGUACACCAAGUAUGGUAUGUCUGUAAAUCCUGUAAUUUCCUUUUGGCCUUCUAUUAAAUAAAAUGACUACUGGGCUGCAGCACCCCAAGUGAUUUAUUUGCUGCCA